GUUGCUGUUGCAGCUCGGCUGCCCUUCAAGCGCCUCAAUCCGGUGCCGAAGGAAAAAUAUGAGGUGGAUUCCGAGGUCAAGAAAGUCAAGAGCUCCCCGAGUGCUUUUGAUCCCAGCAAAGAUCCCGCCCUGGAUUCAUCCAACACAUCCCUGGACAACGUGGAGAACGACUGCCAGCUGGGCUCCGGCGGGAAUUUCCCCCCAAAACUCGUCAAUGGCAAAGGUCCCUUAGACCACUUUAUCCAGAAAAACCCUGGAGGUGACACGAGUGACCCUGGGCUUGGCCCCGAGCUGCCCAAGGGCUCUGGCCAUGGACUCGGUGAUGGCACAGCCCGGGGGGAUUUGGACUCUGGAGCUGCUUCACCCCCAGCUCACGGCACGACAGGGCAAGAGGUGACCCAACUGAGCUGCCCGAGCCUCCCUCAGGGCUCCCAGCCGGCGGAUUCCAGGGAGACUGGCACACCCCACGGAGAGGAAGGGCUGGCAGGGCUGGGCUGCAAGGACCUGGCGGGCAGCAAGGGCAGCCAGAGCGAACUGAAGGACGUGCUCUUUGAGGGGAAGGUGCCCGUGGUGCUCCUGGAGGACAUCAUGGCCGGGAAAACCCCCCAGGGGGCUUCUCCGGGUGGAAGCGCCACGUCGGGAAACGACACCGUGGAAUCCUCUCCUGAGGGAGACUCGGGACUCACCAACUCCUCGCUGAGCUCCGGGAGCUCCCCCGAGGUGCAGCUGGUGGCAGAAUCCAAGAGGAACACGAGUCCUUUGGCUGCCUCCACCCCCCUCAGGAAGGUGCCUCAGAAAUUCCACAGGAGUUCUGCAGAGAAGGAGAAGCUGAGGUUGCAAAGGGAUCAGGAGAGAGCAGACAAGCUCCAGAAGCUCCAGGCAGAGAGGGAGGAGAAGGGGAGGCUGAAGGAAGAGGCAAAAGCUGCAAAAGAACGAGCCAAGGAGGAGGCAAAGAAGAGGAAAGAGGAGGAGAAAGAGCUGAAGGAGAAGGAAAGGAGGGAAAAGAAAGAAAAAGAGGAGAAGGAGAAAGCGGAGAAGCUGAGGGUGAAGGAGGAGAAGCGCAAGGAGAGGCAGGAAGCGUUGGAGGCAAAACUCGAGGAGAAGAGGAAGAAAGAAGAGGAGAAACGGUUGAAAGAGGAGGAAAAGCGGAUUAAUGCCCAGAAAGCAGAAAUCACGAGGUUCUUCCAGAAACCAAAGACUCCACAAGCCCCCAAGAUCCUCGCUGGCUCCUGUGGGAAGUUUGCUCCCUUUGAGAUCAAGGAGAACAUGGUUUUAGCUCCCCUCAGCCGCGUCCCUCCGGAUCCCGACUCCUUGGAGCAGCUGGAUAAGCUCCUUCCCGCCCAAAACUGGGAAGUUUCUUUCCUGAGGGACCUAAAAUGUCGGAAACCACGAAAAUCUGGCCCCACCUGGGUCAGGAACAGCAACGACACAGUGAACAGCGACGUGGUGGUGGUGGACAACUGCCAGAGGGACGGUGUUCCCGAGAGGGAGAAGUUUGGGAGGAUGAAGCUGCUGCAGUUCAGCGAGAACCACCGGCCUGCCUACUGGGGCACCUGGAACAAGAGCACCACCCUCAUCCGGGCCCGGAAUCCCUGGGCCAAGGACACUAAACUGCUGGAUUAUGAGGUGGACAGCGAUGAGGAAUGGGAAGAGGAGGAGCCUGGAGAAAGUCUCUCCCACAGUGAAGAGGAUGACGAAGAGGAGGGAGAGGAUGAAGAUGAGGACGACGGGUUUUUUGUACCCCAUGGGUACCUAUCUGAAGAUGAAGGUGUGACAGAAGAGUGUGACCCAGAGAACCAGAAGGUCCGUCAGAAGCUGAAGGCCAAGGAGUGGGAUGAGCUCAUUGCCAAGGGGAAGAGGUUCCACGUCCUCCAGCCUGUGAAAAUAGGCUGUGUGUGGGAAGGGGCAGAGCAGGACAGCAGCACUAACCCCGACCUCAAGGUUCUCCAGCAGUUCACAGCCUGUGUCCUGGACCCCCCUGUGGCAGAGGAAGAGCAGCAGAUCCAGAAAUGUAGCAAAAAAAGAGCCAGAGAUCAGCAAAUCCUGGGCCACCUCCUGCCGCUGCUGCACGGCAACGUCCACGGGAGCAAGGUGAUCAUCCAGGAAUUCCAGGAGUGCUGCCGGCAGGGACUGUUCCAUGGCGUGACCGAGGGCACCCAGGGGAGCCCCCCCCGGCCCCAGCCCCCCUCGGGGGGGGAGGACAUUGGGGUCCCCUCCAAGGCCAGGCUAAAGAGGAUCAUCUCAGAGAGCUCCGUGUACGAGAAGAGGCCCGAGCACAGGAUGUGCUGGUACGUGCACGGGGACGUGCUCAGGAGCUUCCAGCAGGAGCAGCUGCCCGUGCCCUGCCAGUGGAACUACGUCACCCAGGUGCCCUCCUCCUCCUCCUCUUCCUCUGGGAUUCCCGCCGGGAAGGAGGAGGGUGGCCCCGCGCCGGGCGCGGCCGUCCCACAGAGCACCCCAGUGCCCGCCAAGAGGAGGGUGCUGGGCAGCAUGAACAUCACCAGGUUCAUGAAGAGACCACGGGAGGCCGGGCAGGCUGAAGCUGUGGAGAUGGAUGGAUUCCAGGCAGACACUGAGGAAGAUGAGGAAGAUGAUGACUGCAUGAUUGUGGAUGUACAGCCAGCAAAAGACUCUCCAGCUUCAGAAUCCAGUGGGACAAGAGCUGCUCACCAGGACAGCAGCAGGGUCAGCCCAUCUAAUACAAUUUGAGACUUAAAAACGCCUACUAACUCCUCUGUAUGUAUGUAGAAUGGAUUAGAAAACUUUAAAACCCUGUGUAUCUUCGCCCAAGAUACUUGAAAGUAUUCCACAUUUCUUGUAAAGAGAAGACAGCACUUUGUUCUGCUUCAGCCCAGAUGGAAGCUUAAAUUUUUUAUAUUUUUUUUUUUUUUAUUUUUAGCUUUUUUUAGCUUGGUUUUUAAAAAAAAAAAAACAACAACAAACAACAAACUGCAUAUUAAUCUGUCCUUAAUAAAGCAUUAUUGAAAUUUUGAUACUUCUUUGUAAUGGAAGGUAUCUUAAAUUAUCUCUGGAAGUAGCUGAGGGAUUUUUGGGAUAAGCUUAUUGUGAUGCCACUGGGGGGAAUGAUGACUGUUCAUAAUGUUGUACAGCGUGGCCUUGGGUAUAAAUGAUGUACAAUUAUAUAUGAAUUUAUGCUCUUG